GCCAAGAAAAGUGGGAAAAAGCAAAGAAAAAAAAAGAAAAAAAAACCCAAAAAAGCAAGAUACCGGGAAUACAGCCCUGGAUACACUUCCCACCAGUAUUCCCAGUUACCCCGCAAGCCCCACCCCAAGGGGGACCCCAAAGCCUUCGGGGGCUCCUUCGAGGAUUUCGAGCCCGAGGAUUUCGGGCCCUUCGAGGCCGAAGAGGAUGAGGAGGGGCCCAGGGAAGGCUACGACGACUUUGCCAAGGAGCUCAGCCAGUACAGGCGCUCCAAGGACGGGUCCCACCGGGCCAGAGGCCGUGGCCGUGGCCGGGGUUUCCGGGGCCGGGGCCGGGGCUGUUCCCGGGGGCGGGGGCUGGGCCGGGGCCGGGGCCGAGCCCGAAGUGACCCCGAGGAGGAGGAGGAGCCCCCGGAGGAGGAGAUGGAGUACUGUGACCCCGAGGAGCCUCUGGGCGACGACGACUUUGACGAUUACGCCAAGGAAUUGUCUCAGUACCGGCGCAGCAAGGACAGGGGCCGGGGGCUGAGCCGGGGCCGGGGUCCUCGGGGUCCCCGGGGCCGUGGGAACAAAGGGCUGGGCCGGGGCCGGGGCCGGGGCCGGAGCUCGAUGGGGAAAUCCGGGAUCAACGACGACGACGAAUUCUACGACGACGACAUGGGGGAUGGGGGCGGUUACCGGCGGGGCGAGCACGACAAACCUCACCUGCCCUCGGACAAGAAGGGCAAGGUGAUCUGCAAAUACUUCGUGGAGGGCAGGUGCACCUGGGGCGAUCACUGUAACUUCAGCCACGACAUCGAGCUGCCCAAGAAGCGCGAACUGUGCAAGUUCUACAUCACGGGUUACUGCGCCCGCGCCGAGAGCUGUCCUUACAUGCACGGGGAUACACCUGGGCACACCUGGGGGCACAGUUCUCACAUGUUCUCACACACACCUUUAACCGAGGAGAGCCGCCAGCUCCUCGACAAGAUGCUGCAGGAGGACGCGGAGGCGGGCGCCGAGGACCAGAAGGAGGUGGAGGAGCUGAAGAAGCAGGGCAUCAACCCCCUGCCCAAACCCCCCCCGGGCGUGGGGCUCCUCCCCACCCCCCGCCUUUUCCUGCGCAUCCGGCACCGGCAGCGAGGGCCCGAGGGCGGCCGGAGAGCGGCCGAGGGAGGCCGGGGAGACAGGGAGCACGACGACGAGCCGGGCAGUUGGUACUCGAGCGACGAGGACGACGGCGGCAGCAGCGUCACCUCCAUCCUCAAAUCCCUGCGCCAGCAGAGCUCCACCCGACCCCAAAACCCCUCGGGGGAACCCCCGAGCGACCCCAGAACCCAACGACCCCCCCGCCCCUCCGACCCCCGGCUCCGGGACCCCCGGCUGGCCCGAAACCCCGAACCCCUCCCGGUAGCGGAUCCCGUUCCCAGCGAUCCCCGUUUAGCUCGGCACGUCCCGAAAAUUCCGGAAACGUCUCAAAAAAACGCUCAGACUUCGAACGAGGAUGAGGAAGGCGAGCGAAUCCUUCGGGACAAACCCCUGAGCAUCCCCCUGGAAGCCGCCCCGGGCCACUGCCAGCGCGAUCCUCGUUGCCAACUCCAACAAUUCUCGCACAUCCGCAAGGCCGUGGUGCUGCUGCGCCCGCCCUUCGCCCGCUCCGUGCUCUGGAGCCCCGAGGAUUUGAUCCCCGUGCCCGUUCCUAAGCAAGAUCUUCCUCCUCCUCUUCCUCCUCCUCCUCAUCCUCAUCUUCAUCACGCUUCGGGACAUUUGAGCGCUUUGCGGGCGGAUCCUCGGCGUGCGGAUUCUUCGUCAUCAUCAUCGUCGUCAUCAUCAUCGUCAUCGGCGGCGCUUCCCGAUUUCGAGCUUCUCUCCAGGAUCCUCAAAACCGUCACGGCGUCUUCUUCAUCCUCAUCAUCGCCAUCAUCAUCAUCGUCAUCGUCAUCAUCAUCAUCAUCAUCAUCGGGAGGGGACAAACCCAGCGACCCCCGCGUGAGGAAGGACCCGAGGCUGCAGAAAAUUCCCGACUCGGGGAAUUGCCGGGCUGGGGAAGGGGAGGGGUCCCCGGCCAUGGCUCCCUACGACCCCCGCCUGAGCUGGGGCAGCUGCGGCCAGAGCAGCAGCAGCGUCCUGAGCGCCAUCAGCCUCUACGACCCCCGGACUCCCAAAGAGCCCCAAAACGACGCGAAUUUCACCCAAAAAACCGGGCAGGAAGGAGGGAAAAGCGGCAAAAGCAAAGAUCCGCCCUUCGUUCGGCGCUCGGCGCUGGAACAACCGGAAAACAACAACAACAACAACAACGAGAAAACGGAAAUGACGGACAGGUACAACAGCUACAACCGACCCAGGGCCAAAAUCACCUGUGCAGGUGAGGGGGGGAGCGCUCAAGGUGCGCUCCACAACCUGCCCGUGUUCGGGUUGGGUAAAGGUAAAGGAGGGGGGAGCCCCGGGCAGGGGGAGCCCCCCGAGGAUGGGGAUAAAUCCCUCAAGGACGUCUUCAAAGGGUUCGACCCCACGGCUUCACCUUUCUGUCAGUGA